AUGUCGCUCACCCGCAACCCCCCCGUCGUUGCUCCGCGCGGCCUCGCAUGCCACUCGCCAUACCGGCCACAACCGCCCGUGCGCAAGCGCUCUCGCACGCCCCGUUCACGCCGCGGCCUCGCACCCUCGCCCCCGCACGGGCCCCGGCCUUCGCCCAGCGCCCGCACCUGCCUCCCGCGCCGCCUACCACCGCCGCUGCCCUGUUGCUGCGCUGCUACUGCCGCACUGCUCUGCUGCUCGCCGGCAAUGCUGCUGCUGCUCCGCUGCCGUCCCGUGCAGCACUGCCCGGACACCCGUCCGCGCGGCCCCUCUCUAGCACUGCCUCGCCGCCUCUCCCUGCCGCUCGUCGUCCAGCCUGCCGCGCCGCCCGCUGCCGAGCGCCGCGCCGCCUCUAGCUACCCCGCGCCGCUCCUCCCGCACCGGCCCACGCCCCGCUGGCCGCCGGCGCCUCGACGCCCGCGCGCCCUCUCCCCUGGUGGCCUGGGCGGGCGCCCUAACGGGUGGCUCCCGUGCCCGGCAACCGCGUGGCCACGCCCGCCCCGCUAA